GAAGAGGGUCUGGCUGCAGGGUUCAGGGGGUUCAGGGGAUCCAGGGGUUCAGGGCCAGGGCACAGAGUCCGGUUGGAGCCUCCUUCCUGCUGGGAGAGCCGGAGCAGCAGGGCCAACGGGUCUUGCGGCAUUGCAAGGUCCUUCAAGUAGCUGCUGCAUAAAAGCCCUUCUGGCUGUUUUGCCAGCGAGUGUUCCUGCCUGCAGGCGCCCCAACCUCAUCAUGCGGCUGCUCCUGGCUCUGCUCUUGCUGCUGUCCUGUGGGACUCAUGGGGACAAGAUUUCAAAUGUGUGUGGGCGGCCCCAGCUGCUGGCGCGGAUGGUGGGUGGGAAGGACGCGAUGGUUGGCGAGUGGCCGUGGCAGGUCAGCAUACAGCGUGAAGGGAUACACAAGUGUGGCGGCAGCCUGAUCUCGGAGUGCUGGGUCCUCACGGCUGCGCACUGCUUCUCCAACACCUCCGAGACCUCCUUGUACCAGGUUCUGCUCGGAGCACUGCAACUGGUGCAGCCUGGGCCCCACGCCGUGUUGCGGGGCGUUCGGCGGGUGCACAGCCACCCUCAGUACCGGGGACUGGCCUCAAGCGCCGACGUCGCCCUGGUAGAGCUAGACAAGCCGGUCACCUUCAACAGAUACAUGCUCCCAGUGUGCCUGCCCCAGCCCACGGUGCACUUCCGAACAAACAUGAGCUGCUGGGUCACUGGCUGGGGCAGCCCAAGUGAGACAGACCCAUUGCCCAGCCCACGGAUCCUGCAGAAGCUGGAGGUGCCCAUCAUCGACACGCACCUCUGCAACCAGAUGUACAGCAGGAACGCCCUGGGUGGCCUCCAGCCCCGCACCAUCCAGCACGACAUGCUGUGCGCAGGCUUCGCCGAGGGCAAGAAGGACGCCUGCCAGGGCGACUCUGGGGGUCCCCUGGUCUGCAAAGUGGGUCAGACCUGGCUGCAGGCUGGAGUCAUCAGCUGGGGAGAGGGAUGUGCCCGUCGGAACCGCCCGGGUGUCUACAUCCGGGUCACCUCCCACUAUGACUGGAUCCACCGCCUUAUCCCAGAGCUGCAGUUCCAGCCCGGGGAGCUGAGGGGUUGGAAGCGUCGCCACCACCACCGCAGCUAGCAGACUCCUGCUGGCUUCUUGACCACCCCCCCAGCCACCCCACAACGCCUCCCUGCUGCUCACGGUCCUUGAUGCUUCUCGCCUCUGAGCCGGGCUGUACACCUUUGUAAAUACUCUCCCUCCUCUGAACCCUCUGUUAUUUUUAUUUAUGCUCACCCCAAUAAAAGCUUUACUGCAGUAAAA